ACGAAUUUUCCAGCAAAAUCAACUGAUUCUCUUCUUCCUCUCUGUUCUCUGUUCCUCCUUCUUCUUCCCCUCUUCUGCUUUCUUUCUAUGAUCUUUUCGCGUAAAGUUCAAUCCAGGACAGCUUCAUUGUCGCUAUCUUCGUUUUAACGUGUUCAUCCAUCGGAGGCUUUUUGUUGCUGAGGGCUGAUUUCAAUGAUGUUUGCUUGAAGUAAAAUCAAAAUGGGGGUGACUGGACUCCAGGCUUCUUCCUCGAAUUGGGCCACAAUAAAAUUUCCUUCGCAAAGGCCGAAAACUCGACUCCUGCUGCAGAGAGGAGAAAGAAAAGGGCGUGAUCAGUGAUUGGUCGAUGAAUCGAGGUCAAGAUGAAGAAGGAAGAUACACUGAAGCUGAUCAGUGCUGAGGGUUUUGAGUUCAUCGUUGACGAGGAGGCUGCCAUGGUUUCGCAGGUCAUCCAUAGUAUGCUCACCUCUCCAGGAUGUUUUGCGGAGAAAGAACGUAGGGAGGUGAAAUUUCCGGAGAUAAGAACCACCAUUUUGGAGAAGAUUUGCCAAUACUUCUACUGGUCUCUUCAAUAUGCAAGUGGCAAGGAAACUGAGUUCCAUAUUGAACCAGAGCUUACACUGGAACUUCUUAUGGCAGCCAAUUUCCUGGACACCUGAUUUGCACAUGCUUUCUCAGCUCAGUCAAACCCUUCGCUAUAAAAACGGCCACGCCGUCGCCGUCGCCGUCGCUACCAGUUCCAAUUCCAUCGGCAUUUCUCUCCGGC